ACUCGCAAGUGACCGGAGACCCCGCCCCUGGAGUCCUCCUCCUCGGGACUGCCAGCCCGCCACCGGCCCGGCCGGGUGGGUCGGCGCGGAGCCACCUCUUCCCGUUGGCAGUGACUCGACGACCUUGGCCCAGAAGCCACAGCGGGGACCCACCAACGACAGCGGCGGCGCCUAGGACUUCGCCCAGCGCGGGGGGGAGGGAGGGGCGGUGCGGUCUGUGUGUCCACCAGCGGUCCGCAAACAUGUUGGCCUUCGCUGCCAGGGCGGUGGUGAAACCCCCGGGCUUCCUCAAGCCCUUCUCCUUGAUGAAAGUGUCCGGCCGCUUCAAGGCACACCAGGACUCGCUGCCCCGGCUGCCCGUGCCCCCGCUCCAGCAGUCCCUGGACCAUUACCUCAAGGCGCUGCAGCCCAUCGUGAGCAAGGAGGAGUGGAUCCAGACCAAGCAGCUGGUGGAAGAGUUCCAGACCUCAGGCGUGGGGGAGCGCCUGCAGAAGGGGCUGGAGCGCAGGGCCAAGAAGUCUGAGAACUGGCUGUCCGAGUGGUGGCUGAAGACGGCCUACCUGCAGUACCGCCAGCCCCUGGUCAUCCACUCCAACCCUGGCCUAAUGCUGCCCAAGCAGGACUUUGUGGAUCUGCAGGGCCAGCUCCGGUUUGCUGCCAGACUUAUCGAGGGUGUGCUGGACUUCAAGGCUAUGAUUGACAAUGAGACCCUGCCGGUGGAGUACCUGGGCGGGAAGCCGCUGUGCAUGAACCAGUACUACCAGAUCCUGUCGUCCUGCCGCGUGCCCGGCCCCAAGCAGGACUCGGUGGUCAACUUCAGCAAGGUCAAGAAGCCGCCCCUGCACAUCACCGUGGUGCACAACUUCCAGUUCUUCGAGCUGGACGUGUACCACAGCGAUGGGACGCCCCUGACCGCAGACCAGAUCUUUGUGCAACUGGAGAAGAUCUGGAACUCGUCGCUGCAAACCAACAAAGAGCCCGUGGGCAUCCUCACCUCCAACCACCGAAACUCCUGGGCCAAAGCAUACAACACCCUCAUCAAAGACAAGGUGAACCGGGAGUCGGUGCGCUCCAUCCAGCAGAGCAUCUUCGCCGUGUGCCUGGACAGGCCGGUGCCCAGGGUGGCCGACGAGGCUUACCGCAGCCACGUGGCUGGCCAGAUGCUGCACGGGGGCGGCGGCCAGCUCAACAGUGGCAACCGCUGGUUCGACAAGACGCUGCAGUUCAUUGUGGCAGAAGACGGCUCGUGUGGACUUGUCUAUGAGCACGCAGCAGCGGAGGGGCCGCCCAUCAUCUCCCUCCUGGACCACGUCAUUGAGUUCACGAAGAAGCCUGAGCUCGUGAGCCCGCCCACAGUGCCCCUGCCCAUGCCCAGGAAGCUGCGCUUCAACAUCACCCCUGAGAUCAAGAAGGACAUCGAGAAAGCUAAGCAGAACCUGGGCAUUAUGAUCCAGGACCUGGACAUCACCGUGAUGGUGUUCCACCACUUUGGAAAGGACUUCCCCAAGUCAGAGAAGCUGAGCCCAGACGCCUUCAUCCAGUUGGCUCUACAGCUGGCCUACUAUAGGACCUACGGGCAGGCCUGUGCCACGUACGAGAGCGCCUCCCUGCGCGCCUUCCACCUGGGCCGCACCGACACCAUCCGCUCGGCCACCGUGGAGUCCCUGGCCUUCGUCAGGGCCAUGGACGGCUCCAGUGUGCCGGAGCACCAGAAAGUGGAGCUGCUGCGCAGAGCCGUGCAGGCCCACCGAGACUACACGGACCGGGCCAUCCGCGGGGAGGCCUUUGACCGGCACCUGCUGGGCCUGAGGCUGCAGGCCGUCGAGGACCUGGUGAGCAUGCCUGACAUCUUCAUGGACGCCUCGUACGCCGUCGCCAUGCACUUCAAACUGUCCACCAGCCAGGUCCCCGCCAAGACAGACUGCGUCAUGUUUUUCGGGCCCGUGGUGCCCGACGGCUACGGCGUCUGCUACAACCCCCGGGAGGCCCACAUCCACUUCUCGGUGUCGGCCUACAACAGCUGCGCGGAGACCAGCGCGGGCCGCCUGGCGCGCAGCCUCGAGCGGGCACUGCUGGACAUGCGCGCGCUGCUGCAGGGCCACCCCAGGGCCAAGCUCUGAGGCCCGCGCAGGCCCUGAGGCCGCCGGCUCCCGGGCGCCGCCCCAGGGCACUGUCCUUGCUCUCUUCCCAGACCCCAGGCCCCACGGAACCCGGCUGGCACCCCCAGCAGGGCCGCGGCCCCAGCACGUGCCUUCCGGAGUCAACCCUCAGGGACUUAAGGCCCAGGCGCCCGGCGUGCUGCCCACCGAGGCCGCCUCCAGGGGACGGGGCCAGCCGCGUCCGCCCUGCCCCGCUCAGCCUGGGCCAUCCCUGCCACCUUGUGCCCGGGCCAGGGUCUGGACCUCAAACCCCAAGCUCCCAAGACCUGGCAGAGAAUUACGUGCCGCCGGGGGUCGCCAGGCCCCGAGGCUGAAGUCAGGAUGGAGGUGAGCUGGUGCGGAGAAGCCCGAGGCCUGGCUUCAGCCAGCUGCCACCGCAGCGGCAUCCGCCGAGGCUGCUGUGCGCCUGCGUGGCGCCGCGCACGGUCCCGGCUCUCGCCCCACUCAGCUCGACUCCUGCACCACAGCAGUGAUUGUGUGAUACAAACGUGACGUCUUUUUAAUAAAGGGGAGUCAGUGUC